CCUCCCGCUACUUGUCCAUCCACUAUGUAUUUAUUUAUUUACGAAUUUUCCGAGUUUUAGCUUAACAUUUUAUACUAACGUAAACGAACGACCAACGAGAAUGUUAAUAACGGCGGCUACUUUCUUUAUAAAUAGUUUAUAUCACACUUUUAGUUCAGUUUAUUUCAUAAUUUCGAUGUUGCACACAGUUCUGCCUUUGGGCCUCGACGUCGGUAUACUUGGCGUUGGUGCUUACUAUUUGACGAGGCUGAAGAAAGCUCAGCAGAAUAACGUACUCAGUAUAUUCGGCCCGGAACCAGGUAGCAAAGAAGGAGAGUUACAUCCAGAAAAAGUAGUGAGAUGUAUCGCGCACAGAGGGGCGGGCUUGGACGCUCCAGAAAAUACGCUGGAAGCCUUCAAAUAUUGUGUAGACCAGGACUGUUACUUUGUGGAGCUAGAUGUAAGAUCUUCAAAAGAUGGGCAGUUAGUGUUACUACAUGACCAAGGCUUGGAACGUUUGGCCGGCUCCAACAUAGCAGAUGUCCAUGCUAUGGACUGGGAUGCCAUUAAAGAUAUUGAUAUUGGAGCCACCCAUCCUAACAGAGAUCACUUCAAAGAAGUGCAUUUAUGCUUACUCGACGAGGCUCUUGACUAUCUACUUGCUAACAGAGUGAGAAUGAUUAUUGAUGUCAAAGGAGAAGAUAAACAGGUGAUCAAUGGUAUAUUGAAGACAUUUUCUUCGCGACCAACACUGUACCAAUAUGCAGCGGUGACUUGCUUCAAUCCUGUAGUUCUCUAUCAAAUCCGAAAGAAAGAUCCUCAAAUAGUAGGCGCUAUCAACUACCGGCCAUAUUGUUUCAGUGCUUGUGAAUAUGAUGCAGACAACGGUCCCAGUAAACUGAGGUUCGGGCACAACCUGGCCAUUCACGCGGCGCUGCGUUGCGCUGACGCGCUGCACUCGCUGCUGUGGCGCUGGAGCGCGCGCUGGUGCGGCGUUAGCGCUGUAUUACUACACAAGGACAUCGUCAGUCCGAGCGAGGUACAGUACUGGCGCGAUCUAGGCAUUCGCUGCGCCGGUUGGUGCGUCAAUCGCCCCCUCGAGAAGUUGUACUGGAGGGGGGUAUUACGCGCGCCAUACUUAGCCAACACACUACUGGGGGAACCGGACAUCGAAAAAAGAUCUGCAGACAAGAGCCGAGAAAGCGAUGAGUCUACGAAUCGAGCUGGUCCUCUAAUAGACCGCCUGCUUGAGACCGAACGACACAUGUCAUCUGGACAAAAAUAAAUAAUAAAAUUAUACAGAAAAAAAAUUGCAAAAUCAUGCUACUCAAAAACUAGGCAGAUAGCAGUAAACGCGUUCGCCUAAAAAAAAACAAAAACAGUCUAACAAUAGUGAAGUGUUCGAUAUGAUUUAAAUUUCGAACGGAAUGUAAACGUACAUUAUUUUUUUAACACUAUGUAUCCAAAGAGUUUUAUUGUUUUACUUUACUAAUAAUAAUAAUAAUAAUUUAUUUGCUAGAUAUUUUAAAGAGGCUUUAUUUGAUUUUUUUUCUUUGUGAUUUAUUCAAUAAGUUUGCUUAAUUGAUAAUGUAUACCAUCAUGCUCAUACUUCUACUGAAAUAUGUCUACAUACAUUUUUUUAAACUACCUACACUGAUUUCCAGCAACAGAUUAACACUGAUUGUCAAAAUUAAAAUUGUCAUAAUUUUGAAUUACAUUAAAUACACCGGUAACAAUGUAUAAUCAACCUUAUGU